AUGGUUGAUGCUAAACAAUUGAUACCCAUGAAGCGAUUUUUGGAGACCUAGCAAGAUAAAAUCAAAUUAUUUUCUCUUGAUUAACCUGAACAAAUUCAUAUUUACCAUAAUAUAGGUCGUGUAACAAAGAUUGAAACAAAAUCCAUAUAAGAAUAAAAGUCAAACACUUCGAUAGGAUUCUUCGCAGUUUAUGGUAUAAUGUAACUAAAGAAUUGGUCAUAUUUGCUAUUGGUUACAGAGGCCAAUAUGGUUGGAUAAAUAGUGCAAAGAACAAUAUUAUAAGUAGAGUAGAUAAGUUUCUUGCCCUUGGUUUCCAAUGGAAGAUUAAAUGAUAUUCACGCAGAUGAUUAGGCUUAUUGCAAAAUGCUAAAGGAAGUGUUUUCCACAAGAACAUUAUAUUUCAGCUAUGAGUAUGAUUUGUCUAAUCCCUUCGAUAAAGUAAUGGGGAAUAAUUCUCAAUUUGGUACUCAACAAAAGACCAGCGAAGGACUUCAUUAUUAUAAGAUUCCAAAUCAUCGAUUUGUAUACAAUUGGGAACAUAUCAAAUUCUUAAAUCAAUUUCAAAGUACAAAUCUACCAGCCUUGCAAUAUUGGUAAACCAUAUUCAUAAGUGGAUGUGUUAUGAUAAGAUAUUGUAAACUGAAUCAACAGUCUGAUUGCUUUUUAAUUUUGGUGAGUAGAAGAGAAACUCUAAGAUCAGGAAGAAGAUUUGUAUAAAGAGGAUGUGAUUAAGAUGGAAAUUGUACCAAUUUUGCCGAAACUGAAUAAAUAUUAAUACUCAAUAGAUAGGAAUCAAGAGAUAUUUACUCAUUUGUUUAGACUAGAGGAUCUAUGCCAUUUAAUUGGUAACAAUAACCAACAUUGAAAUGGGCACCUAAAGCAUCAAUCAUAGGAGAUAGAAGUUACAACUCUGAAUUGUGCAAAAAACACUUUGAAAAAUGUGCCGAAUCCUAUUAGCAAUUAUAAAUAAUUCUUAAUUUAAUUGAUAAAAAAGGCACAUAAAAAAUGUUAGGAGAAUAUUUUACCAGUAUGAUUAGUAGUGUUAAAACAGUAAAAACGAAGUAUGUUUGGUUUGAUUUUCAUCAUGAAUGUAGAAAUAUGAAGUAUGAGAAUCUCUCUAAAUUAUUAAAUGAAAUUAAGGAAGAUCUCAAAAAAUCUGGAUAUUUUCAUGCUGAAAUUGACAAAAACAAUUAUAACCAUUUAUCUAACAUACAUUAAUAAUAGUCAGGAGUUGUAAGAACUAAUUGCAUGGAUUGUUUAGAUAGAACUAACGUGGUUCAAUCAGUUGUCAGUAGAAAUUUCUUAUUGCAAGUUUUGAAUUAAUCAAACAUCAUUCAUACCUUAACUGGUGAAGCAUUACAAGUAUUACCUAAUGAUCUUGAACAGAUAUUUAGAGAUCAAUGGACUAAGAAUGCAGACAUAAUGAGUGUCUUGUAUUCAGGAACUGGAGCAUUGAAGACUGAUUUUACCAGAACUGGUAAAAGAACCUUCUGGGGUUCAUUAUAGGAUGGCAAGAAUUCAUUACAUAGAUAUUACAUCAAUAAUUUUGUUGACGCUCACAAUUAAAAUUGCAUUGAUUUGGCAUUAGGAAAAUUAGAAGCAGAUAAAGUUAACUAUAAGAAACCUAAAUUCAAUGGUGUCUUGCAGCUAUUCAUUUUUAUCAUUAUCCUGAUGUAUAUCAUGACAAGCUUCUUACCUGGGUUAGUUCUAAAUGAAUAAUCUGCAUAUGGAAAUUCUUGUUUAAUGCAACUAUUUAUUUUUGGAAUAAGUCUGUUCAUUACAAGUAAGAUUUUACUGAAAACCCAUUAUUUGUUUAUAUCCAAACCAAUAAGAGAUCAAAAUUGAUUAUCUAAUAUAUAAGCAUAUAUCAACAACAUC